GAAGAGAGCGGCAGGGGCCGGGGUCUGAGGCCAGGCAGGGAAGGAAUGCCUGGCCGGGCGCCUCCUUUGUCCUCUCCUCCAUCGGAAGGAGGCCAGUCCUGGAGCCUGGGAGGCCGCAGGAAUGCCUUGCAGCUGGGAGUGGAAAAAGAAGGCGCCCUUGGAGAGCCCCAACCGGGGCUCAAGGGGCAGCUGGAGACCCUCCUUCCUCUUCGCAGACCCCCCGGAGGGGAAAGAGGGAAGGAAGGCAGGCAAAGAGGCAGGAGAGGCGUCCAAGCGCAGCCUCCUUCCUGCUGCUCCCUUGCGGCGCCGAAUGAAAGGCUGGCUUGUGCGCUCUGGGCAGGAAAGGGGAGGACACUGCCCCAUUCAUUCCUCGACGGCUCCCUCUCCUCCUCUUCUUCCUCUUCCUCGACUUCUCCAGCCAUGAAGCCCCUUCGCCCCGGAGCCUCGCUGCCCCCGGCCUUCCUCCUGGCUCUUCUCCUGCUCCUGGCUGCCUCUUCCUCUUCUUUUUCCUCUUCUUCUCAGGCGACGGAGAGCCCCAAAGGCAAGGGCAAGGCGCUGCUGCGGCAGAGGGAGGUGCUGGACCUGUACAAUGGAAUGUGUAUGCAAGGACCGAUUGGUAUUCCUGGAAGGGAUGGCAACCCUGGAGUCAAUGGAAUCCCUGGAACGCCUGGGAUCCCCGGCCGCGAUGGGCUUAAAGGAGAAAAAGGAGAGUGUAUGCGAGAAAGCUUCGAGGAGUCUUGGACACCCAACUAUAAACAGUGUUCAUGGAGUGCUCUGAACUAUGGCAUAGACCUUGGAAAAAUUGCAGAAUGCACAUUUACAAAGAUGCGUACCAACAGUGCCUUGAGAGUCCUCUUCAGUGGAUCACUGCGACUCAAAUGCAAAAAUGCCUGUUGUCAGCGAUGGUAUUUUACAUUUAAUGGAGCCGAGUGCUCUGGGCCACUUCCUAUCGAAGCUAUAAUCUAUUUAGAUCAAGGAAGUCCAGAAUUAAAUUCUACUAUUAACAUACACCGUACCUCUUCAGUGGAAGGAUUGUGCGAAGGAAUCAGUGCUGGCCUGGUGGAUGUUGCUGUUUGGGUUGGCACAUGCUCCGAUUACCCAAGAGGAGAUGCUUCAACUGGAUGGAACUCGGUCUCUCGUAUUAUUAUAGAAGAAUUGCCAAAGUAGAGCUCCUCUUUUAGUUCGCUCUUCUUGCCUCAAAUACUUCUUCAGGCCUUAUAUAACUUCCCCCACCUUUGAAAUCUUGUUUCCUGUAUACAAAAGUAAGCAUUUCUUUAUAACGCACAAGCUUGAUUAUAGAAAAAGAAUUCAUGUUUCCCCUUUCUUCAUUCUAUAACUUUUAUGGUAUUUUGGAAUAAUAAUUCUGAAGCAGUAAACUGGGUUUAUGUACUGCUUUUGUACAGAUUCAAACUGGAUGUACACUUAUCAACGAAGGUGCUCUUCUACAGUAAGCCAAAGAAAUACAAUUUAAUUAGCAAACAGCAAUUAACCUUUAUUAUUUUUUUCCUUCCCCGCAAACUUGGGGAAUUUAUUUUAAAACUCAACACACUUUUGAAAGUAGAUGAACCACUUUCAUCUUUUAUGAAUCAGACAAGAUUAACACACCUUUACCAGAAUGUUGUCAAUGAACUACACAAGCAGCUGCAUUUUUCCCAGAAUGAUGACAAGGGAAGACAUACACAAUCUGCUGGUUCUGAGCAUUAUAGUUCUCCAGUGCCUUAUUUCCUUCAUGGUGGUUGUGCCAGUAGCUUUUCUGCUCUCAUCGCCAUUGCCUGCCCCAAGAGCCCAUUCACACUAUAUUGCACUGAAUCUACUUUAACUUCAGUGGUUCAUCCUCUGGAAUUCUAGUUUGGGGACAGGCAUUUAGAACUCAGUGAGAAAGACCUCUGGUACUUCACAGAAUGACAAAGCCCAGGAUUCCAUAGUAUGCCACCACAGCAUUUGAAGUAAUUACAGGCAUCCCCCACUUUUCAAUGAUCUACCAUAGAUUAUAGCAGGCAUGGGCAAACUUGAGCCAUGUACCACUCUUUCAACCACAUUCUGGUUUGUGGUCUCUGUGAUUCUCACAACUGGGUUUUCCUGUGCAUGCACAGUGUCUCAUCAGAACUCUGCUGUGUGAAUUCACAGAAGAGCACUUGAACCAACAGAUGAUCAUAUUGUGCUAUUUGUACUUUUUCAAGUGCAAAAACAGAAUUCUGAUACAAACAUUAGUUUUAAAUAGACGAAUUGUGAUUGAUUUCCAGAAAAGUAUUGGUUCAGCUGGCGGUCACAGGAGUCUGAAAAAUGCAUGGAACCUUUUCAUAGCUAUACCCUAAGCCUGUAUAAGCUGUCCUUUCCCCUGUUGUGAGGGGGGAUGACUGCUCCCUUAGAAACUCCACCUGUGUUUGGUGGAUCAUAUGGGAAACGCUUGAAUGAAGCAAAAAAAUAAGGGAAAGCCCAAAUGAACCUAGUAGGGAAUGUGCACACUAUCUUUGAUUAUAGUAAAAACAGAAGGCAGAAUGCCUUCAGAAUGUCAGCAAACAUUUGGUUGGCUUUCAAAUAUAUCCAGAUCAUGGGCUCUCUGGCUUUUUUAUUUCAUUUGCCACCUUAUUUACCUAAUAAUUACCAUUUUUAUAUCAUGAUAGUUUAUUUACACUUGCCAGUUGAAAAUCUAGACACUUUGAGGUCUGAGUCCAGCUACAUGUAUAUCAAGGGAAUGGGUGAAGGAAGCAAUGUGCUUUCAAUGCAAAAAUGCACACAUUUCCCUCCAUCUCCAUUUUACCAGAGAGAAGAACACUGGACCAAUCGGAUGACUCCCCGUUAAAAAGAAUCACUAGUGCAAUUGCAAAAUCAAUAGAUCAAUUACCAAAGUGAUAGACCAAUUGCAAAUUGUGAAAAUGCAGUUUAUACUUCUAUCCUUGCACACCAUCUUCAUAGAAAGUUUCAGAACAUUUCCAGAAAGCAAUGCACAGAAAAUAUGCACACCUUAAUAUACAAUUAAUUUUUGUGGAGUAUUUACAGGUUCUGAAAACUUAUUUUUCUGGAGAUCUUUACAAGCCAAUUUUACCAAAACUGUUUUGGUAACAUAUUUUAAGCCAUGCAAUACAUUAAAUGGAACCAAAUAAAAAUAUUAGAUAUAGGAAAAUUUAUACACAGAGAUUUUAGUAUUUCAAUUAUUCUGUAGGAUGUUGAACUUUAAACAAAAGUAUCUUACCAUCAGUAUGCACAGGCUAUACAGCAGCUCAUAAAAGCUUGUACAAGCCAAAUAGUUGUGCUUCCCUCAAUGGAAUAGUUGGCCUUAAUUCCAUCAUAAAUUGCAUUACAAUUUGUACACUGCUCGAAAACUAUAUUUUUUUGAGGAACUUGUAAUGCAUACAUUUAAAAAUAAGUUCUCCUAAAUUUAAAAAAAAACACAACAAUUUGCAUGGGGGAGGAUUUAAGAAUUUAUACAGCGAAGUCCCACAUUUUCCAGUUAUUUUUAGCUUGGAUAUAACAUGUUUAGGUCAGUUGUGAUUACUGUCUUAGAACAGACAGCUUAUUCUAGGCCAGUGGUUUUUAGAAAUUCUAACAGCUGGUAAACUGGCUGGAAUUUUUGGGAGUUGUAGGUCAAAACACCUGGGGACCCACUGUUUGAGAACCACUGUUUCUAAUGAGAUCCUAUGACCUAUCAGAAUAUUUUAGGGUUUUUAACUUCUAGGUAAAAUUUAAACAAUUAAAAUAGUUUAAAUAAUGGGAUGCAAAACUACCAUCAGUCAAACUUCAGUAUUACACUGGACCACAAUCCAAUGCCAGGGUAAAGAAUGCUUGAAUUACCUUCUCCAUGUGGCUUUUUCUAUGUUAAUGUUCCAGCAAGCUUCUUCUGUGGAAGGCAGAUGACGUUAUAUUAAUUAAACAUGUUUACGGCUUUUUCCCCACUAUGGAGUUUCUUUUCUGUGUGUGCGUGCCCAGUCUAUUUUUAUAUCAUUACUUUAUUGUUGUAUUUUUAUACUGUACAUUGUUCUGAAUACUGGAGCCAAAUUGGAAAGGUGAGAUAGUUAAUCAUGGAAAUAAAAAAGUAAUUAAAA